AUGGGAGCCUUCAAUGACAAAAAUGGCUCCGGCCAUGAAAACCAAGUGGAAAUCCUCGAUAUUAGAGUUAAUAAGGCAGGCCUUGAGUCAACUCUAAAGGGUGAUAUUGUAGCUGGUCUAAAAAAGGAAGCGGGAGAAAAAACCCUUCCGACCCUGUUACUUUAUGACGACCGUGGCCUGAAGCUCUUCGAAGAAAUCACCUACCUCGACGAGUAUUAUUUGACCAACACAGAGAUCGGAAUACUCGAGAAAUAUGCAGAGAACAUGGCAGAGAGGAUUGAAGAUGGUGGAGUUGUUAUAGAACUGGGGAGUGGAAACCUCCGAAAAGUGAACAUCCUUUUGCAUGCCCUUGACCGUCUGGGUAAAAAAAUCACAUAUUAUGCACUUGAUCUGGAUCGUUCCGAAUUGGUGCGGACUUUGCAGUUGAUACCUGCCGGAACAUUCAAAAAUGUCCGCUGCGUCGGACUGCAUGGAACAUAUGAUGACGGGAAGGCCUGGUUGAAGUCAUCUGCAACCGCAAACGACAAGAGUCGUUGCAUAUUGUGGCUCGGUUCUUCGGCCGGAAACUUUAAUUUGAGGGGGGUUGCUGAGUUUCUGAAGGAAUGGGCAGCUGAUGCCUUGCGUGUUGGGAAGCCCGAUUGUAUGUUGGUUGGUCUUGAUGGCUGCAAGGUUGCGGAGAAAGUCAAGUUAGCGUACAACGACCCCAAAGGGGUCUCGCGGGACUUCACUUUGAAUGGCUUGUGGCACGCAAAUAGUGUAAUGGAGAAGGAGCAUUUUGUUCGUGGGGAAUGGGAAUUCGUUGGGGAGUGGAAUGCGGAAGAAGGAAGACAUCAGGCGUAUUAUGAAGCUUUGAAAGAUAUUACCUUUGACGGUGCUCUCGAGGGUGUUACGGUAAAGAAAGGGGAGAAGAUCAAUGUCGAAUACAGCUACAAAUUUGAUGAGAACGAAUCGCACUUACUUUGGGAACAUGCUGGGCUGGCUGAUGGAGCACGGUGGUCUAACGACGCCGGGGACUAUUGCAAGUACUCCCCAGUAUUGUUGACCACAACCGAGUUUAUACGACCUGAUUUUACAUUGAAAUACGAGUGUCUAAUUGUAAAGUUUAGAUCUUCAUAUGCUUUACAAACCAAGAUUCAAUUUCCUGCUAGGACCACCCUCGCUAUGUGCCCCGAGUCCAACGCCAACAGUGUCGGAAUGGAUGGAAUUGUGGGCGGCGUGGGACACUGUGACUCUUGGUAUGAUUCCCAAGGACAAACUCCUCACUAA